AUGGCCUCGCAUGGGAGAAUGCUGCUCAUUGUGCAAGCCUCUUUGGAAAUGGUGGCAGUUGUAAUAUUAGCGGCUGCAACAACAGCAGCUCUGCCUCAAGCCCUGCCUGGUUACCAAGAGAAAUGUGGUAAUCUCACAAUCCCAUACCCAUUUGGCAUAGGAAAAGGGUGUUACAUGGCUGGAGAAUACUUUAAUCUCACUUGUAAUACGUCCACUGUACCCCCCACCCACAACAUACUGGGGUAA